GUACAGAUUUCCAAAAUUUUCAUGAAUCUUAAUUUCUGCAGUACACGAUUUUAAACGUUUUAUUACCAAUAAUUUCAAACAUUUUCUGCCGUUAGCAACUUAGUGAGGGUAUGGUGAGAAAUUCCGUAACAACGUCGGCAAUUGUGAAUCAAGAUACAUAACAAAACAGGAUUCAUUUAGUCCUAUGUGCAGUUCAGUUUUCAAGUUGUGAUUUGCGUUGUGUCGGAAAGUGCGACUCUAUCGUCAACAAUCGUACAACUUUUGCGCGUGCCUGAGUAUCGUCGUGUUUGUCAGUGGAAAUCUCUCAUCGCAUACAUCAAAUUAUUAUUUGGCAUGCAAUGACAUCUCUUGUAGCGAUGGCGAAGCUGUACGAGGGAUAGUGAAGUAAUAGCGAACGGCCAUAUUGAGCGAAUGUUGACUGUACGCGUACUUUGCCUGUAGAUAUUUACUACACGGCACCUUCCAAGGGCGAAAGAUCUAAUCGAUUGGUGUAUAUCCUCGCGAAUAUCCAGUAAGAAUUUCACGGACAGACCGUGCGAUUUUCCUUAAGGAUAGAAUGAGCGAUUGUAACGACGAGGUGGAUCAGCGCGAGAAACGAAAGAGUAUCGAAGAAGCCGCGAUGGGUGACGUCCUGGGUAAGGAAUCCAGCAGCAAAGCUAAUCCCGAAAAGGAUACUCCUUCUAAGGAUCAAGGGGACGAGGAUGGACGCAAGGAGGCUGACGGUGCCUCGGCAGUAGCAGUCGGACAAAAAUCUGCUCUCAAUUUUCCGUCAACUGUCAAAGAGAAUUCGAGUGUACAUGAAGCUACAGAGAAUAUUGAUGUUGGACAAGAUGAAGAUAUGGCAUCUAACGAGUUGGCAUCCGUCAAAAGUAAUGCAGAGGAUACAAUAGAUGGUGUUACCGAUAUGCUGGUUAUACCCAAUUCUCCAUUACAACGUCCAAAAGGACCGUGUUCUUGUGACGCGUGUAAAGACAGAAGGGAGCUUUUGACUGAGCAGUUAGAAGAAGUAACAAGGCUACAGGGAUUGUGGAUGGAACUGAGGCAGCACAUACGUUCGGUCUUCAGAGCGGCUACGGAAACUUCUCGUGUACCUCAUUCGUCCCGUCUCAAAUAUGACAAAGCUCAUUUGGAGAAUAUGCAUGAAAUCAUUCUGCAAUUAUGUAAAAGGGAUCCUCAUCAGCUUUUUAUGAGGCUUGAGGGACAGGCCCAAGAUUUUGUCAUGGAGACAAAGGUUCGCCUUCUCGAUCUUCUACAUAUUCGGAAUGCUAGCAACCUUGCUGAAAUUUUUCUCAGUGGAUUGCUGGAUGGAUAUGAUGUAUUGUUGUCAGCAGCAUCUCACUUAUCCAGUCUGGUAGAGCCAUUGGAGAACGAACAUCUUUCAAAGUUUAAUCUUACGUGGGAUUGCUUGAAUAAAAGGCUUUACCAGAGUUGCGUCUACGCCGAUCCACUUGUACAGAACAAUUUGCCACCCUUUAUUGGACAGCUACGAAAACUUCUGCCACUAAAAGGUGCCGAAUACCAAGGUCUUGUACACAGAUAUCUUGCUUUUGAUGAUGAAAUGACAAGAAUCGGGGACAUGUGGCCAGAAGCUGAACGCCUAAUUGACAAAUACAACCAGGAACAGGCGGCCCUUAAAGCAAAACAGAAAAUGCUCAGGGAAGAUUGGGAGCUGUUUAAAGCUCGAAGAAAACUUAUUCAACAACGAAUGUGGAACAGAACUUCUAAUGAGUUGACGGAAUUUGAUGAGCAAUUACUAACACUUGCUACGUUGGGGGCAGUCGGGGCAUUGAGUCCGAAUAGUAGACCACCCAGUCCGAAUUCAGACCUCGGUCUGGAUGCCUUGAAUCUGCCGCUAGACACUGAUAUUUUAGAGAGUCUUGCGCACGAUGCAAACAAGUCGACACAUCUACGCCUUGCUGACAUGGUGGGAGCGCUAACAUCGACCGAGGUCCUAACAGAGAUCAAUAGUUAUAAUAUUGGCCCAGUAACAACAUUAAACGGUCAUUACAAUGAACCAGAAUACUGGUUUGGCUAUGAAUGCGCUGUUAACCAUGUUCUUAAUUAUGGUUUCGUCACACCGCCGCCUUCGCCUAGGUCUGGAAGUCCGGUCAGUGAUGAGAGAGUUGAUGGGGAGGGAAGUGAAGUGGACAUUGGCGGAGGUGACGAACAAACGUGCGAAUGUCAUGUCUGCACUGUGCCUCAAACUUCGCCUACUCGGAUCGGUAAAGGACCAUCUCUUAAUCUCAAUCUGCAAACAAAUAAUUUCAAUCCAUUCCCACCAAUUAGCAACGGUUUAUCAGGUGGUGUGAAUUGUACAGCACCGAAGAAUGGUUUGGUUGAUAUGAAUGUGGUAUAUCCGCAUCUUUAUAAUCUACAUGCAGCUUUUGCUGCAGGACCAAAGAAACCGAACAAUCCGGCUUGUCAAACAAGCACAUCACCGGGUAGCAAAACAGAUGAAAAAAAAUCUUGUUCAUUUGGUACACCAAUAAAGAAAAAAUCCGAGGAGAUAAGUCUCAGUAAGAAGCAAUUAGAUGAAAUUCAGUGUGCUAUGGAAGACACAGAUUUAAGAGAGACUGAACCGCAACCGUGUCCAUGUGUUUAUCGACACGCGAAGGAAAUUGUAGAGAGGAAGAAAGAGGUGCUAGAAAAUCCACCUUGCUCUUGUUUACUAAAGUCUAAACAGAAAUGGGAUACAUGUCCGUGUUUAAAAAAAUCUCGCUCAGAUCCUACCAUGACAAACGGAUAUGGGCAGCCUGAAUCUCUUACCAUACCUGCUGUCAAACCAACUUCAGCCUCAAGGAAGGCAACAAAUAGGCCAAGCGCUACACAACAAACGCAUAUUCAAACAAGGCACUCGACCACCCAGACGCCUAACAUCACCCACAAUCACAAUCAUCUGCCACAUCCUGGUAGGUGUCCCACUCAUUCUCACUCGCGUGGUACACUGCCGGAUCUUGCGAAGGGCGCAGCAGCUCCUCAUCGUGGACAUGCUCAUCCCAAUCAUGUUCCACAUGCUUGUCACAAACAAGCUAACAUCGAGCAUAUAAAGAGGGUGUCUUGCAGUGACCUUGGUGCAGGUGAUGGGGAUUGUUCAGAUUCUGGAAGUAGCCAAGAAGAUUCGUGUUCGACGAGUAGUUCAACUCCUAGAGAUUCUAGCAGACACUGUGAUUGUUGCUACUGCGAAGUAUUUGGACAUGGAGUGCCUUCGGUAGCACCUGUCAGCAGAAAUUACAAUGAAAUGAGAGAGAGACUACGGCAACUUUUGACAAAGAAGAAAGCUAAGAAAUGUAAGGCUGCGUGUAGUCCACCAAAAAUUCCAAUCGAAGUCCCAUCCUCAAAUUCGAACACUGUACCUACUUCUAAUGUUUUACUUAACCAACCCGUACCGAGGCCUAACACUCCUGUCUCCGUAACUCCUGUCCAACACCAAAACACCAGAGAUCAGAGGGACUUGGAGGCAUUGCUUGAAUUCAUUGAGGGUAAUCAGAAUAGUAAAAAAGACAAUAAGAAGGCGGAAAAGAAGGCGCGGCAAAGGCAGAAAAAACUGGACGAGAAGCUGAAAAAGGACCAACAAGAAGCAGAGAAACAGCGAAUAAUGGAGCUGCAGAAGAAGACCCCUGAAGUUACUAUAACUGUUGUUGAUCCUCAAAAACCUCUCUUACAAAGGUCACUGCCGCAACGUACAUUGCCAGAAGUUUCUAUACUGCCUGCAUCAGCACCACUAAUAACCUCGACGCUUAAACCAUCAAAUAAGAAAAAAGAAAAAGAAGACGGGACUAAAGUGAAAUCACCGCCGGUACAUUCGAAUCAAAAAAAUAAGAUUGGAAUUAAUGUUGAAAAAAAGGACGAAAACGUUAUCGCAGUCAGUCAAAAAAGUAAAGCUGCAACGAUUAUUGAUAAAGUUGACGGUAGUAAAAGUAAUAUUUCUGCACCAUCAAAGGUUGAGGAGAAAAGUGAAAAAAAAUGUAAGAAGGAAAGACAGAAGCUUAAGAGGGAAGCCAAAGCAAAGGAAGAAGCACUCAUGAAAGCAGCAGGAAUGAUCAAAAAUCAGUCUGAAAAUCAGCCGCAAAUUGUUACUAUCAAAAGAGUCAUGGAGUCUAACAACGCUGAACCAACAGUUACCAUUACUUUGAAGGGGCAAACACCAGCAGAAGAUAAAGUCCUGUUCACAUUGGUCAACGGACAAACAAAGGAACCUAUGUCGUCAAAACCUGAACAGCCGCAAAGCCAAAAAGCAAGUGGUAAGAAGAAGAAAGGUAAGGGAAACGGUAAUCAGCAGCAACAGCAGCAGCAGCAGGCUAAGUCCAAUCCUGUACAGCAGCCAUCAAGUAGCACGAACUUGAAACACCAACAAGGUAAUAUCAAUGACAAUAAAAAUAUUAAAAAUCAACAAACUCAUGAGAAACCUAGGGCCGGAAAGCAGAAUGAUGACAAGAAAGUUAGUACAAAACAGCAGCAACAGCAACAGCAGAAUGUAGACGAGUCUAAAAUUGGCAAGUCCAAGAAGGACAAAAAAAAUAUAGAAAAUAAGGAGAACGUAAUGCAGCAACAGAAUAAUACUGGAAACAAAAGUAAAAAUCAACAGCAACAGCCGCCAAGUAAUAAUAAAAAAUGUAAAGUUAGCGCACAAUCAACGACAACACCCUGUAUACAAAAGCAACAACAGCAACAAAAUUCUACUAGUGAUUCCAUCAAUAAAAAGUCAAAAGGACAAUCUCAGGAGAAGAAUAAUCAAACCCUUGGUAAUAAGAAUAAAAAUUCGGGCGAUAAUAAUACUGUGAAAAUAAAAAACAAUAAUCAGAAAAAUCAGAACACAAUAAGCCCGAUUGUACCUAAACCGUCGAUCACUGCCGAAAGUCCAAACACUGCCACUGAAUCUCUGAGUUCACCUCUUAGUAAUCAGUUUAAGGAUAUUGGUGCAAAUCCGGAUCUAAUUAUUGAAAAUCUCAAACUACCACCGGGUAUCACAAUAACUAAAGUGAACGCCCCCGCUAAACCUAUGCCUAUAAAAUCUACUCCAUUAUCAAAACCAGUGAAUCCACCCAAGCAAACAACUAUAAUAGCUGCUCCAAUGAGCGGAGUUCAAUCAAAUUACGCUACUCCUCAAGGAGCAGGGAAUGUCAUUGUUGUAGAUACUGGGAAGCUCAAGCAAGAUCUUCUACCCAAGUCCAAUGAAAAAGAUUCUUCGAAAGACAAUCACCAAUCCCAAAGUACCAGUGGAAAGAAGAAGAAAAAGAAAAGUAACAAUAAGAGUUCUACAAAUGCUUCUGGUGCAGUACUAAAUUCCGUAGUUCUGCAACAUAAUGCGGUAAAUGGUAUACCGUUAACGAAUGGGCAUACCGAUGCAUCUGCUAGAAUUUUACACAAUCCAGGAAGUAAUAUGGUUACGAUACGAAAUCCAGCAUUUGGUCCUCCAAAAAUGGAACCGACACAACAAGCUGCUAUUAUCAAAGUAUCGGAAAAUGGUAUGGUAACUAUAAGAAGUCCAGCGCUUCAACAGGCAAUUAACGCUGGCUUAACGCCGCCAGCGAAACCUGAUUUUAUCGUGAAAGGUGAUUUGUCAAGUAAUAAAGCUGUGACGCAGCAGAAUAUUGGUGGAAAACCAAACAAUUUUAUCCCUUCAAGUUUGGCUGAGCUUCGGAACAGGUUAACACCGGAUUGUACAGGGCUGAAAGGCCUCGCUAAUAUCCAAAUUAGUAAAGUGACUGGUGGACAGCCCAUUCCCGAAAAUGGCAUUAAUUUGAGAGGUACCAGUGUAACGUUAACCAAAGUUCGAUCUGAAGCUGUGAUGGACAAUGUUCAACAGGCUAAAACUGCAGUCAGGGAAGCCAUUAGCGCAACUAUGGCAGCGUCAAGUAGCGGAAAAGGAAAGAAAAAGAAAAAAAAGGGCAAUGGGACUCGACAGAAUGGAGAUGACUGGAACCUCGUUGAGAGCGUAUUUACGCCUAAAGAUAUAGACCUUGAGGACGGGGAGAUGGACGACGCAGAACGCGAGUUGGAGGCCUUCAAGCGUUUUUGUCUUCAAUCCGUUCCACCAGCGCGAAAGGAAAAGGUUAACCUGAACAUCAAGGAUAUUGUUUUAAAGAAGAAGUCAACUCCGGCGACAGUUAUUGCCGCCAACUGAUUUAUCCGUAGUUUAUUAUUCUUUUUAUUUUCCGUUUGUAAUACGUAGUCGUCGAAAAAGGCAUUGCCGUUUGUUAUUAUUGAAUAGAACGUACUGACGCCGCGGGACAGCCAUGUAUUAUAGAAUAUUACACAGUACAGUUACUGUCAUUAUAAGUAUAAGCAUUUAAAAGCAUAGUGUAAUGAUAUGAUUGUUACGAGCUCGCAUAGGUUUAAUACAAAGUAUCGAUGUAAGGAAAAAAUAUUGACAAGGCUGUUUUGCAAGAACUGAUAUGCUACCGUAAUCCCAGACUAUAUCACUACCAGUUUUAUUGUUGGUCGCUCAAAAAAUAAGCGAAACGAUACUUUGGCAGAUCUAUUCUAGGAUAAUUUUUAUUUCUAUCCACUUGCCAUGUAGAAAUUCUGCCAAAGUAGCUGUCAUUGUUUAUUAUCAAUUUCAAUCGAUAUACACAGAAUAAUGGCUGCAAAAUGUUUCAGGACAUAUUUUUUAAUUCUAUGAUCUGUCUACAAUUAACUUCACCGUUUAUACUCAUACGUCAUACAUAUACCGAUCAAUUUUGUACUGUGCAUGCUUGCCAAAAUAAUUAUCAUACACAUUUCGUGUACCAGUAGUGAAAAAAUAAACACUAUAAAAAGUUGUAAA